CGGUGACCUCAAGUUUACCACUAAAGGUCAAGUUGCAACAGUAAUACUAAUCCAUGCAAGCUUUUCAAAGAACAUGGCUGACGCGCUCUCUGGCAGUCUCUGCAGCAAGGUCAGAAUUGCAUAGCUCAAGGCUAGUAUGGUGCACCAGAAAAUACGUAACAGCUGCCUCGCAUGAUGGUCCCGUCGUUUCUGAGACGAAUCGUGCUGAAGCGACAUUGAAAAGGUUCUGGAAACACGUCGGGCUAGAAAAGCGUGAUAAUUCAUUUGCGGUGACGCUUGACAAACGUGCAAUAAAGACACCUUCUGGAAACACUCUGCUGUUACCCGAAAACAAACGUCUGCUAGCAACGCUCAUCGCAGACGAAUGGGAAAACCAAGAGAGGCUCUUGCAGCCUCAUGCGUUACCCAUGACUUCGCUUGCAUCGAGGGCCAUAGAUGCUAUGGGAGACGAUAAAACGCGCUCCGAGGUACGCGCAGCUCUUCUUACUUAUCUUGACACGGACACUAUUUGCUUCCAUGCAGAUGAUCCGCCACCUGUCGUAGAGCUGCAAGAAAAAUAUUGGUUGCCAUUACUCGAUUGGGUUCGGAGCACCUUUGAGGUUGAGAUAAAAGUUUUUGAUUCAGUUCUUUUCCACUCGCAAUCUGAUGAAACAAAGCGGAAAUUUGAUGAUGUCCUUGCGAACCUAAAUCCUUGGGAAUUAGCUGCAAUGGAGCGUGUUACUUAUACGUCAAAAUCAUUCUUAAUCGCUCUUGCCCUCGUGAAGAAACAUCUGACUGUCGAAGAAGCAGCCUUGGCUGCACAAGUCGAGGUGGCCAGUCAAAUCCAGCGGUGGGGGGAGGUAGAAGACUCUCACGAUGUCGACUUCCACGAUAUUCGGCGGCAGUUAGGUAGCGCCGCUUGCUUGAUGGCGAAUGUUUCAUAGAUAGUGGCAAUACCAUUAUCAUUUAUUUCUCCA